AUGACCGGCGACUAUGCUCUCUCCCAAUCCUCAAUUGAAUCAAUAGCCGGCUUCACAGCUGGCACCGUCUCCACACUGGUUGUCCAUCCCCUCGAUAUCAUCAAGACCCGUCUUCAAAUCAACACCAAUCCCCGUAGGGUUGCCCAAUUCGGACCCCGCCCCGCCCUGACCUCUCUGCCAUCCCUCCGCAUCCUUCACACCCUCAUCACAGCCGAAGGCCCCUCCCCCCUCCGCUCCCUCUACCGCGGCCUAACCCCCAACCUCGUCGGCAACUCCCUCGGCUGGUCCCCCUACUUCCUCUGGUACUCGCAAGCCCAAGAUGUGGUCCGGCACCUGCGCCACUACCGCAAAGACAGCCAACUAUCCUCCCUCGACUACCUCACCGCCUCGCUCGCCUCUGGCGUCCUCUACGCCGCCCUAACCAACCCAAUAUGGGUCAUCAAGACCCGCAUGCUCUCCACCUCCGCCCACCACACCGGAGCCUACCCUUCCAUGCUUUUCGGCCUACGCGCCAUCGCGCGAGGAGAAGGCUGGCGCGGCUACUUCCGCGGUCUGAUACCCACCAUGGCAGGCGUCAGCCACAGCGCUGUCUACUUCGUCGCGUAUGAGAAGCUAAAGGCCGAGAGGGCUGCCCAACUAUCAUCCAACAUCACCAGCAAUGACCCCUCCACUAACCCCCACCCCGCUACCUCCAAGCAGCAGCAGCAGCAGCAGCAGCAGCUAAGCAACGCAGACUACCUCCUGAUAUCCGGCCUCUCCAAAAUCUUCGCCGGCACCCUCACCUACCCGCACCAAGUCGUGCGCGCCCGCAUGCAGACCUACGCCUCCUCCGCCACCCCGCCCAAUCCCAUCGACCGCAUGACAGCCCAGCAGCUCGCCAACAACGCCUCUCAGGGACUCCGGGCCACCCUCCGCUCGGUCUGGCGCCAAGACGGCAUCAGAGGCUUCUACAGGGGACUGGGCCCGAAUCUGCUUCGCGUGGUGCCGAGUACGUGCGUGACGUUUUUGGUGUAUGAGAAUGUGAAGUGGGCGCUUCCGAGGAAGGAAGUCGAGGUGGCGGAGAAGGCGGUAGAGGCCUUGUGA